AUGUCUGCAUUAUUCAAUUUUUCGUCUUUAAUACAAGUGAUAUUACUGUUGAUAUGUUCAAGUACAUAUGUUCAUUCACAAUGGCCUUCAAUAUUGGAUCGUUAUAAGGAUCAUGAAGCUUUAGGGGCAUUCUGGAAGAUGGCACGUAUUGGAGAACGUGCGUCACCUUACGUGUCAUUAGCAUGCAUACUAGUAGCAUUCAACCAAUUUCAAAGUUAG